UCUACUUCCACAGAUGUACGACAUUUUGGGUCCUGGCAAAAAAAGUUGAAAGCGGCUGAGACCACUCUCAAACUGGAGUGCACCACUCACACCGUCAGAGCAAAAGAGCUUCUCUUGGAGCGACAAAAGCAAGUGGCGGAGAGAAUCUGCGAUGCGUCCGUAGAUAGAACAGCAUCGGAAGAGUUGCACACCUCCUUGCCCUCACUUGAGAUGGCGACUCUGCGGGAGACUCUAGCCGACUUCCCUCAGACGCCAGGAGGGGGCGCGGCCUCGCGACAGUCGGUUCGGAAGUGGGUGAGGUGUGGGACGCUGUGAGUUUGGACUGAGCACAGGCGCUUCGUUAUUCUGGGACGCGAAGGGCUGGGGUCUCGUGCCCCUUGUCUUCUUCGUGUGUUUCUCAGCGUCUCUCCUCACCCAGCGCCUGGCCUCGCGGUCUCCUCGUUGAGAGCCGCUCCCGGGUCCGGCCCCGGGCGGGCGGCUGUCACCGCGCUUCGGGCCGGACGAUGCCCAAGAAGCUGCUCCUGCUGCCCCCGCUGAACCCGCACUCGGCCUUCCGCGCCCCGCGAGCCCACCCCGCGGCCCCGCCAGCCAUGAACGCCGCUCGCACCGGCUACCGCGUCUUCUCGGCCAACUCCACGGCCGCCUGCACGGAACUGGCCAAGCGCAUCACCGAGCGACUUGGUGCUGAAUUGGGGAAAUCUGUUGUAUACCAAGAGACCAAUGGAGAAACAAGAGUUGAAAUAAAAGAAUCUGUUCGUGGCCAAGAUAUUUUCAUUAUACAGACAAUACCCAGAGAUGUGAAUACAGCUGUGAUGGAGCUGCUGAUCAUGGCUUAUGCACUGAAGACUUCCUGUGCUAGGAACAUCAUUGGAGUCAUCCCCUAUUUCCCCUAUAGCAAACAAAGCAAGAUGAGGAAGAGGGGUUCCAUUGUGUGCAAGCUCCUGGCAUCCAUGCUGGCAAAAGCAGGUUUAACUCACAUUAUCACUAUGGAUCUUCACCAAAAGGAAAUACAAGGCUUUUUCAGCUUCCCCGUGGACAACCUUAGAGCCUCACCUUUCCUGCUUCAGUACAUCCAGGAAGAAAUUCCAAAUUACAGAAACGCAGUCAUUGUAGCAAAAUCUCCUGAUGCUGCAAAAAGAGCUCAGUCGUAUGCUGAGAGGCUGCGUCUGGGGUUGGCUGUGAUCCACGGAGAAGCUCAGUGCACUGAGCUGGACAUGGAUGAUGGUCGUCAUUCUCCCCCGAUGGUCAAAAAUGCCACUGUGCACCCCGGCCUGGAGUUGCCAUUGAUGAUGGCCAAAGAGAAGCCACCAAUAACCGUAGUUGGAGAUGUGGGAGGACGCAUCGCAAUCAUAGUGGAUGACAUUAUUGAUGAUGUCGAGAGUUUUGUUGCUGCUGCAGAGAUCCUAAAAGAGAGGGGUGCUUACAAGAUCUAUGUUAUGGCUACUCACGGCAUCCUGUCUGCUGAGGCCCCCCGCCUGAUCGAGGAGUCCUCCAUUGAUGAGGUCGUGGUGACGAAUACUGUCCCUCAUGAGAUCCAGAAGCUGCAGUGUCCCAAGAUAAAGACUGUGGAUAUCAGUUUGAUUCUUUCUGAAGCAAUCCGGAGAAUCCACAAUGGAGAGUCCAUGGCUUACCUUUUCCGAAACAUCACAGUGGAUGACUAAGUUGCUUGCACUCUAGCACUCUGAAAGAGCGAAGCAUGUACAAAGCAGUGCCACCAGUCACACGCACGGCGUUUCUUUGCAGGGAAAGAAUGGAAACAGUGUGAAGCUGGGUAUCCUUCUCGCGAAGCUUGAGGAGAGGGGGCAUUCAGAUCAUAAAGAAGACCAAGCUAGUGAUAAACAAAAUGGCCUUAAUGUCUACCAUCACCAGCCUUGUUCCUUGCAGAAAUUACAGACACCCUUCUGAAAAGCAUCUGAAAAUUGUCACAUUGAAGAGGAGUAAAAGCAGAUAAAGCGUUAACUCUGUGCUGUUCGUUCAUUUGUUUCACCUGCGGAGAAUGCAGGUGUGACACUGAACUUGGUUGGGGAGCUGCGUGACCUGCCACUAUUUCUGUCCACUUGUCCUCUGCCUAGUUAAGUUCAUACAAGUUUUUUGUAGCAAAUCCUAUUUUUCUUUCAGAAACUGCCAAGCCUACUGCCAUGGAACAGCAAAGCAUUUAUGUUUUUGCUCCUCUCGGGGUUAUCACGCUGCAGGCCAUCCCCGGGUAUCUGCAUCACUCUCAAGUUGCAAAUAAAGGAAUUUGUUGUCUCCCUAGUCUCUGCUACACUGCAGAGUCCCUGCUGGGCAGAUGGACUAACUUCUGUCCACACUAUGCAAAAGGUAGUGGGCACAAAAAGGGUUGCCAAGGUCCAUGGUAGAUACAGACUCCUGACACAAAGCUUCUGCAGAUUUUGUCCCCUUCCUUUACUAAAGUAGAUCCUUGUUAACAUCCAAAUUAAAAGGAAAAAAAUAGAA